AUGGCCAAAGACAAGUCCGACCUCUCCAAGGAGGAACGCAAAGCCCUCAAAGCCGCCAAAAAGUCCGAGAAGUCCACGAUCGCAGAUGCCGGCGUCAAUGGAUCCUCCAAGCAUAAAUCCGACAAGAAAGACAAGAAGGACAAGAAGAAGCGGGAAGCGCUUGUUGAGCGGGCGUUGAACGGCGUCAAUGGCGACAGCGACGACGUCAAUGUUGUGGUCAAAGAGAAGAAGUCCAAGGAUAAGGAUGUGGCGGCCGAUAGCGACGACGAGCCCGAGCAGACGAAGAUCGCAGUUACAAAGCCCAUUGGUGCAUUGGUGCCAUUCGCAGUACCGUUGGCGGACGAGAAGGCCGCGAAGAAGGUGUUCAAGAAUGUGAAAAAAGCGGCUGCCCAACGAACACUGAAGCGUGGCGUCAAGGAAGUCGUCAAAGCGCUACGAAAAUCACCCAACAACCUGCCCGCCAACUCAGCUUCUUCAGACCCCAUCGGCGUCGUCGUCCUCGCAGCCGAUAUUUCGCCUAUGGACGUCAUCAGUCAUAUUCCCGUGCUGUGCGAGGACCACAACAUUCCGUACAUCUUCGUGCAAAGCAGAGCCGAGCUUGGCCUGGCCGGUGGCACCAAGCGGCCCACCAGCGUGGUGAUGGUGUCUCGAGACAUCCAAAAGAAGAAGGAUGGGAAGGCCGUUGAGGGCGAAGACGAGUGGCCGGAGACUUACGCUGGUCUGGCAAAGACGGUACUGAGGGAAGGCGCUGGUGUCAAGCGGUGA